AUGGAAGCAAUAAUGUCUGAAGUUUUUAAUGAUACCUCUACGGCUUUCUACGUAAUUUUAUUGGUUUGGAUAGCUGAUCAGUAUGAUGCUAUAUGCUGUCAUUCACCUAUAAGUAAACGUCACUGGCUAAGGUUUUUCUAUUUAUAUCAUUACGCUUUUUAUGCUUAUCACUAUCGUUAUAACGGUCAAUACAGCGGUCUUGCACUUCUUACUUCGAGCUGUUUUAUAAUGCAUUCAAUGAUAUAUUUCUUUCAUCAUUAUGAAAUGCCACUAAUAUUAUAUCAAGAACGUGUACAAAGAAUAAUCACAGGCUUGCAGCACAAUCCGGAGUAUCAAGGAGUAUUAUUUCAGUCACAGCAGCGCGCUAAUUUGGGCGCAGAACAAACUGAAGGUGGAGAAACAAUGAGUGCUCAACCAGCCCAAAUUCACUGGAAUAAUAACAAUGUACCAAGGCAAGCUUCAGAAAGGCUGAUCCUAAAUCAACCAAGUAAUGUGGAAAUAAAUUUGGGAAAUCGAGAAAAUUUAUUGGAUUCAACCGAUGAAGAGAUGUUUAGUUCAUCUAUUUCUACAUCUACAUCUGCAUCAAGUAGUGCAGAUUUUGAUGAACGUCACGAGUCUAAUUUGAAUAAUUCUGGUAUUGAUGUUAAUGAUCCUUUAUUAGCAGCUGGUGAACGAACGGCUCAGUAUAUAAUUGAUAGUAUUUUGGAUUCAUCUUUCGUGAAUAAUUUAACUCAAUAG